CGGCAGGGUGGCGGCGUCCCCGCAGCCAAUCAGCUGCUGGACGUGACGUCGUGGGGGGCGGGGCGCAGAUGCACGUUUCUUGCAUAAAUGAACGAAACGUCUCCGGUUGCGUGUAAGGCACACGUAUAAACGCUUGAACUUGGUGGCGAGAGAAGUUCAGAAGUCAAUAUGUCGGACAAGAAGGCGGUGAUAAAGAAUGCAGACAUGUCUGAUGAAAUGCAGCAGGAUGCUGUGGACUGUGCCAUGCAGGCUAUGGAGAAGUACAACAUUGAGAAGGACAUUGCUGCCUACGUCAAAAAGGAGUUUGACAAGAAGUACAACCCCACAUGGCACUGCAUCGUCGGGAGGAACUUCGGCAGCUACGUGACCCACGAAACGAAGCAUUUCAUCUACUUCUACCUGGGUCAAGUGGCCAUUCUACUGUUCAAGUCGGGUUGAGGCCCAAACAUGUGCAACAACUUUUAAUUCAGCCCUCAACACUUUAGCACUAGUCAUUCGCUGCCACCUUCCUGCAGACAUGCCUACCUCCUGGUGUUGUGCUUGCUUCAGGCUCUAUGACCAUACUACCAUCUGUGGAUGGAGCUUUAGUCAUGCCUGGACUGGUGAUGGUUUUUUCAUUAUGAUAGACGUGCCAUGUAAAACUACUAAUCAUCCCAGCACUCAUUCAGCAUUUGCACAUCUGACCAAAAACCAUGAAUCAUUUUGGAAUAUUUUUGCUGUGCACUAAUGCAUGGACUUUGUAUGUUGUUUCAUAUUACUAUGUUGUCUAAUAACUUACUUUUCAUGAAGCUAAAAUGAGCAACUGAGUUUUUGUUGAAAUGCCUUCUAAUUUUCAGUGUUGAGUGAGUUAAAAAAGUGAGUGUUGCUCCCACUUAAUAAAGAAUAACAUGCUAAGAGAUUAAAUUUGUAGAUGUUUGAACAUUCCUGUUUUCACUUCUGUUGUCAAUGUUUGUAAUAUUACUGCUGCUUAUCUCUGGAAUGUAAUUUAUUGUGCAGUUUGGUUUGUGAUAUUCUUAACAUGUUGAGCACAACUUUGAGACAAUAAAGCAGUUUGAGAAUGUGA